UUUGUGUGAGAAUGACUGGACACAUAGCAUCUCGAGCUCUGCACUGCAGACCAUUGUCAAAAACAAAAUGAACAAGGCACAAAUGCUGCCUUUGGCAGAUGAUAUUAAGAAGUUGCAGACAUGCUUGGAGAAAACUGCUGACGAAUGCAGCUCAACUUUAAACUCGGAAUUUGAAAAAUAAGACUGGGAAAUGCUUAACAAAGUUACCUUAUCCCGUCUGGUAAUGUUCAACAGGAAAAGAGGUGGUGAAGUAGAAAUGAUGAAAGUUUCUGAUUAUAAUUCUAGGAAGGCUACAAGUACACCAUUGAAAGAAAUUGAGAGUGUACUCAGUCCAGUAGAAAGGAUGCUUUGUGCCCGAUUUGGCCGGGUGGAGAUUAGGGGGAAAAAGGGCAGAACCGUGCCAGUCCUAUUGCUGCCUGUGGUACAAAAGAGUAUUGACCUCUUGUUGAAAUACAGGAGAGAAGCAGGUGUACAUGAAAAAAGCAUCUUCCUAUUUGCUAGGCCAAAUUAUGACUCUUUAAAUCCAAUUCGAAUGUGUGAUACACUUAGGUAUUUUUUAUCAAACCUGAAUUUAACAGCAGAAGAGCUGCUCACCAGCACCAGACUGAGAAAACAUGUGGCGACAGUGUCUCAAAUUUUGAAUUUAAGUAAUGAUGACUUGGAGGUGCUUGCGGACUUCAUGGGACAUGAUAUUGAGGUCCAUAUGUCAUUUUAUCGACUUCCCCAAAAUACCAUUCAGGUUGCCAAAAUGGGCAAACUUCCGACAGCGUUCAACAAUGGAACUAUUAGCAAAUACAGUGGCAAGUCUCUUGAUGAGAUCUCGUUGGAUGAAGAGCUAAGCAGUGAUGAGGAAGCUGAAGAUGAUGAGGUGAUGGACAGCAGUUCAGCCUCAGGUGCGACAGAUGUCACUGUUUCUACAGGGCGCAGUUCAGCCUCAGGUGCGACAGAUGUCACUGUUUCUACAGGGUGCAGUUCAGCCUUAGGUGCGACAGAUGUCACUGUUUCUACAGGGCCUGCUCUAGUGAUGCAUUCUAAUGAACGUAAAAGGUCAGCAUUGGAAAUAGAGAGUCACAUGUCGUCGAAGAUGCCAGCUCUCGAGGCAGCGAAUGAAUGUAAAGAAUUCGGGACAGAAGGUAGAUGUCCAGGACCCAGUUCUGCAAGUCCUGAGGCUGAAAGGAAAUCAUCCAAGGGUCCAAAGCAAGCCAGGAAGGUUCAGCGUUUAACACAGGAGCAAAGCCAACUCCUAAGAAAACUGUUUGAAGUGAACAUUACUAUGAGACGGGAACUGAAGAUGAUAGACUGUAUUAAUACAAUCAAAAGCCAAAAGUGUUUGAAUUCUCUGAAGUGGAUUAAAAUAAAAAACACAAUACACAAUUGGAUAACGACAGAGAAACGCAAACUAAAACACUGAUAAGUGUUCAAAGUGCUCGUACAGCUUGUACGUAGUGUCACCCUGUCCAAGCAUGUCUCUGUUAGCAGUUGUUUUUGCAUUUAUAUCUUAUAGUGGAUUGCAACCAAAGUCACAGAAAAAUGUGUUGAUUCUCAUCCGUAUUUUGAAUAAAAUAAAUGGAGCUGAUGGGCGUAUUUUAUUUUUUAUAUUGGGAUGAGAAUCUAAAAUAUUAUUUCUCUGGCCUAAGGCUUUAUCCUUAGUAUGUAUCUAUUUUAACAUCAUGAUGGAGUCAUUGUUACUUUUCAUUAUUAAAAAUAGAUUUAAACAUCUUAGAUUUCCCGAGGUUUUGAAGAGCAUAUUUUAAACAGUCCAUGGGCAUCUCGAGCACAUUUUACACAAAUAUGUUCACAUAAAUGAGGUUGAGUGUUGCAUUACCCAGCCUUUUUUAUCAAAAGUUGCUCUUACUUAAUGCAGAAUUAUUUCAGAGAAUUAUUAUAUUGUCUUAAUUGAUAUUUAUUUAUAUCAUUAGGGUUUUUUAAGAGUUUAUUUUUGCAUGACAGUAAUGGGCCUUGAAAACUUCUAAAUGGCUUUAAAUGCUUGUCCAAGCACUUUAUUUUGACUUGCAGUGUAUAUCAUCUAGGGUAAUUAACAUAUUUUUUAAUUGAUUUUGCAGAAUAAUUUCAAUAAUUAACCUAUUUUCAAACAGUUUUGUCUUCAGUGACCACCAUGACUUUAUAUUUUGUCACAACUAAGACUGGUUCCAAGGUCAAGCGCAUUGUAAACGGAAAAAUAGGAGAUAUGCGUUGAGAAACGCUCAACCAACAAUUUAACAAAAAGGGUGUGUCCUGUACUACACUGAAUUAUGUAGAUGCAAUGUGUCAAUAUAAUUGUUUGUCAUAUACAGAUUUUGAGAGUUGUCAAUUGGUUUAUUCAAACAGUUGUUUCUUGUUUGUAUUUUAGGAAGAAGGUGGGUUUUUUUAUACACAUUAACAGUUAUUUUGUAAUUUCAUGGUGUCAGUUAUUGGUUUGCCUUUGCAUGUUUUGCGGUUCAUAUUACUUUGUCAAAUAGUAGUUUCUCCUUUGUAUUUUGUGAUAUAUUCUUGGCAUGUAGAUUGCAAAAUUUUGUACGCAUUAGUUUAUUUUACAAUUCUGAUGUCGAUGUAUGUGAGGGAUUAACAUUGUUCAUUGUUUAUAAUUUUCCAUAAUUUAUUAAAAUUGCAUAAUCAUGGCAACUCCACUCUGCAAUAUUCAAGAGUAGAUCAAUGGACAAACUCUUGGCAUUAUUAAUUAUAAAGAUAUUUAAUUAUAUUCGCUUUAGACUUUGAAAAUAGGCGAGGGCUCGCUCCACAUUGCUCUUUGUUGUUGUUUUUUAGCUCUACUGGCCAAAGGCCAGAAGAGCUUAUGCGAUGGUAAUGUGUACGUAGUAUGUGCAUCCGUGCGUUCGUGCGUCUGUAAACAAUUGCUUGUGAACACGAU